CUUUGCCUUCGUGUGUGUGUGUGACGGGAGCACACGGGGCCAAAAAGGGGUGAUAUGACGUCAUUUUGCAGUCUGGUUUAUGGACAAGCUUGAGCAGUUGAGGAAAUAAGGGAAAUUAAUAUUGAAAAAAAAAAAAAAAAGAUUGUGACGGGGAGAGGGGUGUCAAAUGUGUCACCCAUCAAGCAUGCCCAGAGCUGAACAGGAAACGUGAUGAGAUGCGUUGCUGUGUUGAGGUCUGAGUCACUCUCAGUAUGCAGCGAUAGAAAGAAAAUUUAAAAAAAAAUAAAAAAAAGGAAAAAACAGCCAGAGCAGCAGCAGUCUGGCACGGAGCUGGUGGGGGCCGGAGAGAGAGAGAGAGAGAGAUGGGGAGAAGGACGCAGUGUGGGCGGGUUAAGAAACGUCGAGAGGGAGGGGACGCCAGCGUAAUAUUCCCACCGUUUCAUUUUUUUCCUCCCUCUCCUCCGUAAAGCCGAAAAAACAAGGACAUCUUCCUCACGCCUCAUCAUCGGCUCCAACGCCAGGCUGAUAUCUACACCCCCUCCCCUGUCCUUUCUCGCUGUCUUUUAAAAGCAGUCCGUGUGUCCUCUCCCCGUGUGUCUCUCUCUCCACCUGGAGGUUUGUUUUCAGCCUUGCACCGGGGGGGGGGUCUGCGCCGAGCCGAGCGGCAGGGGCGUGAGAGGCGGAUGCUGCGAGCGUAGAGGCUGGGUACCAAACCAGGAGCAUCACCGCACUCACCACGAUGGGCAGAAUGAAUUUUCUCUCCUUCUUCCUCCUUUGCUUGACUUCGGUUGCCAGUGGCAACAAAGCCAAUAAGCACAAGCCAUGGAUCGAGACAGAGUACCAGGGGAUUGUUAUGGAGAACGACAACACCGUGCUGCUCAAUCCCCCUCUCUUUGCCCUGGACAAAGACGCUCCGCUACACUACGCUGGUGAAAUCUGUGGCUUCCGGGUGCACAACGGCCCCUCAGGUUCAGGGUCGGUCCAGUUUGAAGCAGUGGUUCUGGAUCGCUCUACCGGCGAGGGUCUGGUCCGGUCCAAGGAGCCGCUGGACUGUGAGAGCCAACGGGAGCACAGCUUCACCAUCCAGGCCUACGACUGCGGAGAGGGACCUGAUGGAGUCAACAGCAAGAAAUCCCACAAGGCCACCGUUCAUGUUCGUGUAAACGACGUCAAUGAGUUCUCCCCCGUGUUUGUUGAGCGUCGCUACGAGGCUUCAGUCCCAGAAGGGCGUCUGUUUGACCGAAUCGUGCGCGUGGAGGCUCUGGAUGCCGACUGCUCCCCACAGUACAGCCAGAUUUGCUUCUACAACAUCAUCACUCCCAAUGUGCCCUUUGCUAUUGACAAUGACGGUAACAUUAAGAACACAGAGCCGUUGGAUUCGAAGCGUCAGCGUGUUCACACCUUCUGGGUGACCGCCUUCGACUGUGGAAAAAACCGCGCUCAGGCUGACGCCCAGGUUGUCAUCACGGUCAAGCCGUCCUGCAAACCUGGCUGGAUCGGAUGGACCAAGCGUGUGGAAUACACGCCUGGGUCAGGUAGCAUCCCGCUGUUCCCCAGCCUGCAUUUGGAGACCUGCGAAGAGACUGUGUGGAACAUCCAGGCCACCGUAGAGCUCCAGACCGGCCACAUUGGGAAGGGCUGCGACAGAGACAGCUACUCUGACAGAUCUGUGCGACGACUGUGUGGUGCUGUCAGGGGUGAAGUAGACCUCCUUCCACCUCCAUCCCCUGCUGCCAACUGGACCUCAGCUCUGCCCACUCUCCCGUCUUCUGAUUCAUCUCUGGUCUUCUCCUUCAAUGGGUCCAACCACGUGGCAGUGGUGCCGGAUUCGGUCGUCUCGGCGCUGUCGGGCGACCACUUCACCCUGCAGCUGUGGAUGCGAAGGGGCGGCGCCAACAUCCAGCCUGCGACCACUCAGACCAGAGGAAAUCGCAAGGAGGAGGAGACUAUUGUGUGCAGCACCGUCAGGAACGACGACUCCUUCUCCCAUUAUUCCCUCUCCGUCCACGGCUGCCGUCUCUCUCUCUUCUACUGGCCUGACGUCUCAGCGGCGAGGCCCGUCAAGUUCUUGUGGAAACUGGAGCAGGUGUGUGACAGUGAGUGGCAUCAUCUUUCACUCAGCGUCCAGUUCCCCUCAGUGACCCUGUAUGUCGAUGGCGUGACCUUCGACCCCGCUCUCAUCCAUGAUAACGGAGCCAUUCCCAACCCUGCCCCCCACCAGAGGAUGUUCAUCGGUGCCUGCUGGGAGCCCGAAGAGAAGCAGAAGGAGAUACUAAACAACACCAUCCCAGAGGCUAAAGACUCAGUGAAGUAUGUGGGCGGUUACCAUGGCCUGUUGUCGGGCGUGACGGUGCGUCCUGGCAGCGUGGAGCCUCACAGCGUGGUGGAGUGUCUGUACGCCUGCAGAGAGGGGCUGGACUUUGGAGAUCUGGAGACUCUGGGCUCUGGUAUGAAGGUCCAUGUGAAUCCCAGCCAGUCAGUUUUAGUGCUGGAGGGAGACGACAUUGAGAGCUUUAACCGCGCAGUGCAGCAGGUCACGUACAGAAACUCUCUACGCUUCGCCACCCCUGGAGUCCGACCGCUCAAACUAACCACCUCGCUCAGAUGUUUCAACGAGGAGAGCUGCCUGUCCCUGAAGCAGCUGGAAGGAUACCUGGUGGUUCUCCAGCCUGACGCCCCUCAGAUCUCCCUGUCUGGGGUCGGCCCUCAUCUGGCUCGUCCUGCCCCUGAGUUUGAAGGUCCCCGUGGUGUCGCCCUGUUCCCUGAGCUCCGGAUUGUCUGUUCAUUGUCUCAUGCUGUCAACACGGCUGCACAGGGGAUGGAGGGUGGAGCUCUGAUGUCCGACGCUGUGGCUCACACUUUGGACGGCUGUGAGGUCCAACCACUUGGGGAGGAGCUAAAUCCUGAGAGGGAGGAGCUUCUGGUGGACAUGGAUGUUGUGCGAGAGAGGGGACUGGAAAUCAUCAAUACUACUGCUUAUAUUGCCAUCACAGGUGCUGAAUCCAUCUCUGUGUAUGAGGAUGUCCUUCGCUCAGUCCGCUACCGACUGGCCAAAGGCUCAGCCCGCUUUGAGAGGCGGUUCCGCCUGUCGUGUUCGGAGAUGAAUGGCAGAUACACCAGCAAUGAAUUGACUCUGGAGGUGAACUUCCUCCACUCUCUGGACAGUCUGUACCACCCAUCCUACCUGCUGGCCUCCCAGCAGCAGUUUCUCCAUCCAUCCCAUCAUGCUGGAGAGCUGAGUGGACACACUCUGCCCAACCCACACCGCAACUCAGUGGUGCCCGGAGCAGCUACUGUUAUCAUAAUGGUGUGUGUGGGUUUCCUGGUUGUCAUGGUGAUCCUCGGUGUAUUCCGAAUUCGUUCCAUCCAUCGCCGUGGUGAAGGGGCCAGGGGCGGGGCUAAGGAGGGAAGCAGCCAAUGGGAUGAUUCUGCCCUCACCAUCAUCGUUAACCCUAUGGAGUCCUACGAGUCUCGUAUGGGCAUCUCUGCUGACACGGAGGGGGAGGGGGAUGAGGAUGAGGAGGUAGUGGAGUCACCAGACGACGCCAGCGAUGACCAGCGAAUCAUCAUCAAGAAGGAGGCGAGGGACGGCAACGCCCGGCGCUACUGAGCCACACAUGUUCUCAUGUGAACCACAAACCGGAUCACCAGUCACACACUCCAACACUUUUAAUAUCGACUGCUGACACCACUAGUAUAAGGAAUGUAUGCUUACAAACACAGUCACUGUAAUAUUCUUGACACUCAAUGCCAUAUGUGACCUAUAGCCAACAACGGGCAGUUGUUCUCCAGCUAAAUGUUCAAUGGCACAAUGUAUACAGUUAAUGUAAUUUAACCACCUGAGCAAACCCCACCAAAAUUGUAUGUGGUGCACCAGUUCUAAAUCACAAGAUGGUAAUGUGUCUGUAUAGUGUAAUACUGGUUGAAUAAGAUUGCUUUUGUUUUUAGUUGUUUUUGGGUUUUUUUUGCUCUUUGUUUUUUUUUUUUUUUUGUAAAAAAGAUUGUAUUCGAUCUUUUGUUAUUGAACACAGAAUGAAAUCUUUACAAAAUGAAAACUGGAACAAGCCGCAACACGCAGGCCUUGAAUAGAUCUGUAGACGAAGACACAAAGCCUUGAUCCCGACACGUCUCUGCACUCCCUUAUUAGACUUACUCGGGAAGUCUGUGCACAAGCUCUUUCCACCCUCUUCGUGUCCUCUCUCCACACAUCUCUCAACCACUAUUGACCGCAGAGUGAAGAAGUGAGGUCAGACAUUACGGCCAGUCUCCAGCUUACUCAUAAAAACUAAAAACUUCUCUCCUUGCAGGUACUUUUCUCUCUGUAAUGUGAAUACGGCAGUGCUUCAGCUCCUGACUAUAAUUUACUUGGGGCUGAUGAUUAGAUGUGAAGAUUUGAGGACUAUCAACCUCACGAGCUGAUACUACUGCAAUACUCCAAUGAAAACAGAGUAAAACGCUCAAGGUGUUGAGCCAAUGCUACGUCUCUGUGGUUUCUGGUUACAAAUUGGAGUCUUUGCAAAGUUUCAGCUCGUGCUACAAAACAUGACAAAACAUCAUCGUCUACAAUAAACCUGACCUCUAACAACCCACCCUCACACUGACCGCUGGAAUGUCUCUAAUUGACUCUCACUGCACUGUUUCACUCACUGCACACUGCUCUUACAAUGACUACAAGACGUCACACACAGACAAACACACACACACACACACACACACACACACACACACACAGACGUACACACUCUAUAAUGCUACCCCUGCUGUUUCCAGAAUGUCAGCUCAGCUUGGGCAAUUCUGAUUGUAUUGAUUGUAAUGAAUUUUCUGUACAUACAAUGAUGAAUAUUAUGAUAUUAUUGUUAUUACUAUUAUUAUUGCAUCCACUCUUUUUUCUGCACACUUUGAGAGGGAGCGGAUUAUGAUAUACUUUUAUGUUCCAUUGGAGUAAUCUCCUUUACAGCAUCAGAAAACAGUAUAAUAUGAGAAUAAUAAUAAUAGUAGUAGUGAUAAGGAUGAAAAUCCCUGGCUUGAUGAGUGUCUCUUAAUUUGUGUGUAAUAUUGUUGUAAUCUAAGAACUUGUCAAUAUCUGAAUCACAGAAAAAGGAGGGCACAUUGUUGUGAUACUUAGACAUCUCUCACUUCCAGAUAAUUUUUUCACAUUUCAAUAUAUUUUUUUUUACUCCAUCUGCUAUCUUCGGUUCAGUGAAUGUACAACUGUGUGCUUCUCCUCACCCCCCUCCUCCCAUCCCCCAUCCCCCCCUCGCCUCCCUGCCUUUUUCCUUCACUUCUCCCUCUGUGUCUCUUGCUGUCUUUCUGUGUAGCCUAUCAAUGUGCAGUGCUAAACCUGUCAGUAAAUAAAGCCUGUCGUUUUUGAGUGUGAUGUCAAGAAGGAAUAAACAUUGCAUUGAUUGAUAACUUAUAUUAUUACUAUGUUACUAUUGGAACAUUACCUGUAAUUAUUGAUACAGCAAUGACAUGGAUUAUGCUGACUAAUUGUUAUUGAGAACUGUCAGAAAACAUUACAAAAUUCAUAAUAAAAACACUAUAUGACGUC